ACACACACACUAACACUGUAACACACACACACACUCUCUCUCUCUCUCUCUCUCUCUGUUACCCUUACCUAAAAGAGAGAAGCAAUAAGCCAUGGGUUGGUCACUCUGUCCUGGAAAAUCAAAGAAGAAGCAGAACAAGAAGCCCAACGAUUCGAUCUCAUCAACAUCAGAGAAAUUGAAGGUGAAUUCGUCACUAGACAUAAAGAAAGAGGCCACUAAAGAUGGAGGGUCUGAUCACAUUGGUGCAUACACAUUUACAUUUCGUGAAUUGGCAGCUGCAACAAAGAAUUUUAGGGCUGAUUGUCUUUUGGGUGAAGGAGGUUUUGGACGAGUAUAUAAAGGGAGAUUGGAGAGUAGCAAUCAGGUUGUAGCUAUCAAGCAACUUGAUCGUAAUGGGCUGCAAGGGAACAGGGAAUUCCUUGUUGAAGUGUUGAUGCUAAGCCUGCUUCACCAUCCAAAUCUUGUUAACUUAAUUGGUUAUUGUGCUGAUGGAGAUCAGAGGCUUCUGGUUUAUGAAUACAUGCCAUUAGGAUCUUUGGAAGACCAUCUACAUGACCUUCCGCCUGACAAAAAACGACUCGAUUGGAAUACAAGAAUGAAAAUAGCUGCAGGUGCUGCAAAGGGCUUGGAGUAUUUACAUGACAAAGCUAACCCCCCUGUGAUUUAUCGUGAUUUGAAGUGCUCAAACAUUCUGCUUGAUGAAGACUAUCAUCCCAAGCUAUCUGAUUUUGGCUUGGCCAAAUUGGGUCCUGUUGGAGAUAAUACCCAUGUAUCCACCAGAGUGAUGGGAACCUAUGGAUAUUGUGCACCUGAAUAUGCAAUGACUGGUCAGCUUACAUUGAAAUCAGAUGUUUAUAGCUUUGGGGUUGUUCUUCUGGAAAUUAUCACUGGAAGAAAAGCAAUUGACAACGCAAGAGCUGCUGGGGAACACAAUCUGGUUGCUUGGGCCCGGCCCCUGUUUAAAGAUCGAAGAAAAUUUUCACAGAUGGCUGACCCAAUGCUCCAAGGCCAAUAUCCAGUAAGGGGAUUGUAUCAAGCUCUUGCUGUUGCUGCAAUGUGUGUUCAGGAACAACCUAAUAUGCGACCCCUGAUAGCUGAUGUAGUCACAGCACUUUCUUAUCUUGCUACCCAAAAAUAUGACCCUGAAUCCCAGCCAGUCCAGGCCUCCCGCAUGGUUUCUUCUACUCCUAGAACCAGAAGGGAGCAGUGAAAUAGUAUGUGAUCAAGCCAGAAGAUUUUUCCAUCUUCAAAAGCCCACAAUGAGGUUGCUGCCUCCUGCUACCUGUGGUGUGGUGAUGCAUCGGAAUGUUCUUGAAAUGGAUUUGUAGUUGUGAUUCAGAGGUCAAUGGAUUGGAGCUAUUUGGUUUGCUAUUGCUAUUGCCAUUGCCGGCACAUGUGGAGUGCCUGUUUCUCAAAUUUUGCAUCACUCCAGAUAGCAGGUGUCGUGGCCAGUCCUAUUGUCUUCUAACAGGAAAUAUAUAGUUUUCUUUUUCCCGUUUACUCUCUUUUGACGAGAUUCUUUUAUGUACAAUUGAGCUUGGGGUUUUUGUAUCUAUAUAGAAACUGUUCCCCUUGAAGAGCAUCCUCAUUACUGCUUGUUUGAAGAGUUUGGUAAAUAGUUUGCCCCA